CAGUGAUUUCUUCCGUCGAAUCAGUGGCGCGUGCACGCGGCGGCCGCUGAUUGCGCCUCGGGCCUCGCGUACUUAAUCGUCUCAAGGAAAGGAGAUUCACUUAGGCGCGCGCGAGAAAAAAAGUUCCCAUGCCCCUUCUAAUUCGUCGGCUAAUUUGCUCGAGCGACGCUCUCACUUAUGCACGCAAGUGAAAGCUCCAGGCGGGCAUUCGGAGCGAGCGCGCAGUUUCUGCUCUUUAUUCGAACGAAUGCAGCUACGAAGCAGAACCGAAGCAGAAACGAAGCAGAAACGAAGCGAGAACAUCGCGCUGCAGGCAACUGUAUCAACACCGAACGUGUAGCCCGGGGGAUCCGACGUUAUACCCCCCGCGCAGCCUCUGCAGCCAUCGGUGUACUGCGUGCCGAUUGCCGACCCUUCGGUUAAGACUGCGGAGAUAGAGAAAAGACAGUUCGAUCAAUGACAGCCGGUGCUUCGAUGCUGUUCACCCAAAGAGCAUCUUUUAAACAAUGGGAGUUCUUGGACUGUGGCGGUUGCUUGAUGCAACAGGAAAACCAGUUCCGUUGGAGACGCUGGAAGGCAAAGUCUUAGCUAUAGAUAUUUCCAUAUGGAUCCAUCAAGUCAUACAGGGCUAUCAAGAUCGCCGAGGCAAUGCAUUACCCAAUGCGCAUCUCAUUGGUCUAUUCAACAGAAUUUGCAAAUUGAUGUACUUCAAAAUCAAGCCAGUUUUUGUUUUUGAUGGCGGUGUUCCAUUACUGAAGAAGAAUACUAUUGCUACACGCAGGAAGCUGAAAUCUAUUGCAGCUAGUAAAGCACAAAAGUUGAAGAAUGAUUUGAUAAACAACCUGAUAAAGCGUACAGCGGUGAAGGGAGCUCUUGAAAAGGGAAACGACGAUGGAGAAAGUAGCGCAGCACAGCAAUUCAAGGAUGCAACUGCUAUCCCUGGCUCCUCCAAAGUUCAAGACAUGUACAAACUGCCUGAAAUGCCAAGCACUUGUGGGGAUUCAGAUGAUUACAUGGAUUCGGAUGAUGAAAUUCAGACGGAGCUGAGUCCUAGGAAGCAAACUAAAUGGAUGGGAAACAUUCACAGUGUUGAUGUAAAUACUGAGGAAUUUAAGAACUUACCUGCAGAUGUAAGAUAUGACAUUUUGACAGACUUAAAAGAAACAAGGAAGCAAAAUUCUUGGGGUCGUAUUCAUGAAUUGCCUGCUGGAUCAAAUAAUUAUUCUGGAUUUCAAGUAAAACGUUUAUUAAAACGUAGAUAUGUUCAAGAAUCACUUGAAGUUGCGGAAAAAGAAAUGGGAGGAAAAACUCUUACCCUAGAAGAAUUGGACAGGCUACUAACAGAUCAAGGAAUUGAAACGAUGCAGAAACAAGAUGCAGCUUUUCGUAUUGCUUCUGAUAGUACAACCAGAGUUGUUUAUGUGAAAGAUAAACCUGCUUUACAAAAUAAUGAAGAGUCAAAUGAUUCAAGUAAAUCUAGCACUAGCAAGCCAAAGGAACAAGAGGAUAAUACUAAUGACGUACAUGUGGAUUCAAUGUCAAUCCAUUCUGAUGGUUCUUUAGCUAUUGUUAAUGACAUUGGAGCAUAUGAUUUAGAUGAAGAUUGGAAUUCAGAUGAAGAUUUUACAGAAACUUCAAUUAACGAUUCACACCUUUUAGCUAAAAACGAUAUUCCUAAAUCAGUCAUGAAUCCUGCCUUGUCUUAUAUGUUGGAGAAUAGUGGCUUUACCCGAGAAGAGAUAUUGAAAAUAGUAGAGCAAAGUAAGAAAAAUAAAAACAAAUCUGAUACAAAUAGUUCUCAUAGCUCGACUAAAAGAGGAAAAAGAACAACUAGUCGUUUAUCCUUAAGAAAUAAAAGUAAAAAGAAGAAUCUUUUUGGUUCGAUUAUCGCUGAGUCGCCGAAAAUUAGAAAAGAAAUUAUCAAUGAACCAGAAACUAUCAAGAUCGAAGAGUCGAAUUCAGAAUCAGAUGAUUUUGUUGAAGUUCCGGAAUCGUCAACUAAUGUUUCUAAGGAUAAUAUAAAGAAAGAUGACGAUACGGAACGAACAAUAAUCGAGCAAUCAUCAUCGGAGUCCGAAUCCGACGAUUUUAUUGAAAUUAAAGAUGUUCCUAUUCCUAAAUCGUUAGGAAACAAAAAUGUAAAUAAUGCUUUUCAAAUAACUAUUAAAGCUGAUGAAGAAUUGCAAGACGACAUUUUUGCAGACAUAUUUGUUAAUGUUAAUCCAGUUAAGGAAAAUAAUGUAAAAAUAGAAAACGUAUCUAUCAUAGAUGAGACUGUAGAUAAUCCUUCUCAUAAUAGUAGCCCGGAAAAAAGUAUUAAAAAACAAGAGUCGAUCCAAGUAGAAGUUAAAAUGAACAAAUCCAUUGAAGAACAUGAUGAAAAUGGAAGUUUCUCAAUGCAGUUUAGUUCUGACAAUUUGCAACUAGAUUCCGGUAUUAUGUCUCUUCCUACAACGCCACAAAAAAUCUGUUUGGCUGUUGAAGAAAAAACUAGUCCACAUUCUGAAAACUUUGCACAUGAAGAAAACUGUAUAGAAAACAAAACGGAAACCGAAGUGCAAAAAACGAGUAUUGAAACAGUUAAUGAUAAGUCGCCGGUUAAAAGUCAAAACAUCUCAAAGAUUGAUGAUGUUACGUUAUUCAGUGAUGACUUUCAGGAGAUAAGCGAUAAAGAAGAGGCAGGAGUAGAAAAACCGCCAACUUUAGUCCUUCCAAUAGAUGAGAAAGAACUUGAAUCAAUGAAGAAUCAAUUAGAGUCGGAACAGCAAAAGAUUACUAGCAGUUUAGGUAAAUUAGAGAGACAAGCUAUAGACAUCACAGAUCAAAUGAGGUUGGAAGCUCAAGAGCUUUUACGACUGUUUGGAGUGCCAUACAUCGUAGCUCCAAUGGAAGCUGAAGCGCAGUGUGCCUAUUUAGAACAAAUAAAAUUAACCGACGGAACUAUAACGGACGAUUCUGAUAUUUGGCUUUUCGGUGGGCAUUGUGUGUACAAAAACUUUUUUGAUAAUAAUAAAAGAGUUUUGCAAUUUCUGUCACAAGACAUCGAGCAUCAUUUCAAGCUCUCUAGAAGAGAAAUGAUUCAAUUGGCUUUAUUAGUCGGGAGUGAUUACACAAACGGUUUAGCAGGUGUGGGCCCUGUCACGGCCUUGGAAAUAUUGGCUGCUUUUCCUACAGAGGGAGAAGACAUUUUACGAGGUUUGCGAAAUUUUUGCUCUUGGUUCAGAGCAGGAAAGUUAACGGCUCCGGGAAAGACCACUUUACGCAAUAAAUUGAAAAACGUACAAAUGGAAAAAGGUUUCCCCAGUCAAGCAGUAGUCCAGGCAUAUCUGUCUCCGACAAUCGAUGAAUCAAAAGAACCCUUUUCUUGGAGCAAACCAAACCUAGUUUUGCUAGCAGACUAUGCAAAACAAAAAUUUGGUUGGACAAAACUAAAAUUUGAAGAGAUUAUUAAUCCGGUAAUGAAGAGACUGAUGGAAAGCAAGAGUCAAAUGGGAAUAGCUUCGUACUUCAAAGUUCAUUCGGUUCCAAAGUCGAUCGAAGCUGCAUUAAGUAAAAGAGUACAAACAGCUGUUCAAAAAUUAGGUGGUAAAAUUGACGAUGCAGAAGUUUCGGACGGUGAAGCCUCGUCUACGAGCACCCAAGGAAAAGCGAAGAGAGUCAAGAAAACCACAGGUAAGAAAGGUAAAAAGUCGAGUGAUGAAUCCAGUGAAUUGCCGACUAUCGCUGAAGCCGCCAAUGAUGAAAGUAAAUCGAAAGCGACUGAGGAUACUGCCGAGCAAACAAAAGAUACCAUCAGUAUUAAAGUUAAACCACGAAAAUUCGUAGUCGUAGACGAAGAAGUGAUACCGCAACGGGAACGGGAUAAAGCUAAUGCUUUAAAAUCGAAGCUCAGGGCGAUCGAAAUAUUUCGUAAAUCUAAAGCAGGACUAAACCGCGUUCAAAAAAAGAAAAAAGUAGUCAAAAAAAUCAAGGAAGAUGCUGAACUAUCGGAAAGUAGUAGUAGCUCAUAAAUUGUUUAAUUAUGUGAGUACUGUCGGAAUUGCUUAUUUCUAGGUUUAAGUUUUAUUUUUAACUAUUUAUCAAGUUAUUGAAAAAACUUUUGUUACAAACUUUUUAUGUACAAAGCGAAAAUAAAAUGCAUGGAUUUUUUAUAUUAUAUACAAACA